AUGUGACGGCCAACCAACAGGGGAUGUUUGUUACGGGCAAGGAAGAGCCCAAACAACUAGGCCACAGGAUCGGGCCAAGGACAAGGGCGGAUCAUGUGGCAGCACCGUCACAGGUUUCUUAUGUAAGCACGAUAAGGGACGAUAAGGAAGGUACGUACCGGUCAUGCAUAUCUGCAUGACCGACACCACGCCAAGAAAGAUGGUCAUCAAUAUAUGCAUGACCAUCCGGACCAGAUUCGUGACCCGGCCGCGACCAUCGGGGUCAGGAAGGAGGAUCUCCUAGAUACACAGUCACUACCUUUGUACUUCAGCGAUCAAUCUAAGUAUCAGUUUCACCACACACUUGAACUAGUCACUCAAUUGCCGAGACUGGCUUUACCUAUCUUGCAGAACAGCAACCCCAGCGCCCUGCCAGACGGUUGA